CAGAGACACUGACUUGGUGAUCAGCCCCUGAAGUCACACCUGAUGUGUCCGAACAGCGCGACCAAAUGACGACUGGAAACACAAUAUUACUGACGCAAACAAACAAAACAGCCGGCAUGGAUGAGGGUGUGCACCGUCCCUCUCCUUCCGCCUGGGAACCAAAACACCGCCUCUCUGUCCCUACUCCUUUAUGCCCUCGAAAAGGAACGUCUCUGGUACCACCGGCUAUAUUUUUCUACGGGACUCACAGGUACUUCCAGAAGAUGAAGUGUGUUUUGAAAUGUGUGAUCUGUUUCUCCACUGCGUUUUGUGUUCUCUACUUCAUAUCUCGACUUUUUCCAGUCUUAAAACCGAUGGAAAAAUGCCAUUUAGCAAGUGCAAAGAUGCUGACUCUGGACAACAGCGUGGAUGAAAGCCUCAACCUCGGCGCCAGACUUGAUGUGCAAACAUGCACACCAUGGAGGGCUCCCAUCAUCUGGGAUGGGAUGUUUAUCUCUGAGAUUUGGGACCAGAGGCACCAGACAGAAGGAGCCUCUGUGGCUUUAACAGUGUUUGCAGUUGGCAGGUACCUGGAUGCUUACCUCUGGGACUUCCUGAACUCGUCGGAGCAUUACUUUAUGUUGGGUUUGCCUGUCAUAUAUUAUGUAUUUACGGACAUGCCACAAAAGGUUCCUGACAUCAAGCUUCCUCAUCUGCGAACCAUGAGAAUCAUCAACGUGAAGAGGCACUCCAGGUGGCAGGACAUCUCAAUGAUGCGAAUGAAGACGAUAGCAGACACCAUUGAGUCCGAUAUCCGCCACCACUCUACUCACGUUUUCUGCUUUGAUGUGGAUCAGGUGUUCACAGGGAGAUUUGGCUCAGAGGCUCUGGGAGAUUCCGUGGCACUCCUCCAUGCCUACUUUUACCACCUUCCAAAAGAGAGGUUUACUUAUGACCGUAACCCCAAGUCCAAGGCGUACAUGGAAACCGGGGAUUUCUACUAUCACGCUGCUGUAUUUGGAGGCUCGUGGAAGAGUGUAAAGGCAUUGACUGAGGCAUGCUAUCAGAGCAUCAUGGAGGAUAAAAAAAAUAAUGUGGAGGCUCUUUGGCACGAUGAGAGCCAUCUCAACAAGUACCUAUGGCUUCACAAACCCAGCAGGGUGCUCUCUCCAGAGUACGGCUGGGACCCUAGUAUUGGCUACAUGAAUGACAUACAAGUCACUCGACUACUGUGGGCACCAAAACAAUACGAGAAACUGCGUGUUCCCUAAUGUGUUGUUGGAGUGAAGAACAAUAUCACCUGCUAUUCGUAAUGGAAUACUAUAUCCAGUGAAGUGGGAUAUAUAGUGUUUACAUUUUUCCCAUAUCCCAGCUGACAUUCAAUCAUUCCCAGAAAAUGUUUAUCAAGCUUAUAAUACUUCCAAUUGUUUCUGCCCCUGCCAGUAACAAGUCCACUAGAACAGGGGUUGUCAGACUUUUUUAGACCAUGGACCCCUUUCAGGGGAGUCAUUUUUCCAAGGACCCCCGCAUUAUCGUAACAUUGAUAAGCAUAUAUUAAUACUAUGUAUUAAUGUACUAUGUAGGUACUUUGCAAUGAUAGAAUUAGGCUACAUUUAUACUUUCUAAGUAAUUCAUUUUAUAAACUUUGAGAAAAUGAACAUUGCAAGAUUGACAUAGUCUUAAUUUUAAUCCAGAAAUGUUGUCAUGUAUUCUAAAACUGACUUUCAGUAAGUGAUUUAACUUUAAAGAUGAAUUAUUUGCUCUUUAUUCAAAUCAAUGGUAGGAAUCUCUGAACAAACCACAUAAUUUAUUUAACAGUGUCUCAAAACACACAUUAAGCCUUAUCAAAGAAGAUUUCAAUUUAAAUAUUUACAUUACUCAUAUUUUUAUGUCAUACAAUUCACAAAUAUUCCACGGGACCCCCUCUUUGAGAAUCAAGAUUUACUUUAGUGAUCCCUGCAAGGGAAAAUUUCUUUUUUUACACUCUGUAAGUCAUGCUAUACACACACAGGCUGGAAUAUACUCAUGCACAUGGGAAUGUGCUAUUGGAGAGAUGCCAGAGUGAGGGAGCUCCAGCUAUCUCCAGAUUGUUAAUUUGUUUAAUAUAACCAUCGUGAUUUUGAUAUAUUUAAAUUGUGAACUUGUGUUCUUUAGUACCUUAAAGUCUGUUCAUUUUAUGAAGAGUUGAGUUGUUAACUGACUGUCUGAAUGUAAAUGUAUUUGUUUAUCCCACUCCAGUCCUUCCUUAUCUGGGCUACUGCCAGCUGGGAACUUUCAAUUUGUUUAAAAUUUCCAUUGUGAUUGUUAAGAAAGAUGUCUAAACAGAACAUAGGCCUUCUACGUAAGAGAGAAAUGUUGUUAUUGACCCUGAACUUGAUCCAAGUUCAGGGUCUAUUCCAAUCCAUUUAGAUAGACAAAGGUCUGAACAGGAGGGCGACCUGGUUCUUAUUUGAUCUGCUCGUCUGAAAGUAAUGAUUUUUCCGAAUGAAGCCACACCUUAAGCCAUAGUAUCUUUCAAGGAAAUUUUCACCCAUGCCUCUUCACUAAUUUCCAAUUUCAACUCCACCUCCCAUUUAUUUAUUUUUUUACGUGAAAGUUGUUUUCCAUACCUGAUAAUGCUUUAUAUAGCCGGGAAACAGGUCUCUUUAGGUGUUUUGUUUCUUGAAUUUUGAUCAGGUAUUGUUCAAUUAGGGAGCCACCUUUCUGCAGGUUGGUCCAGUUAGCGCGUGUAAGCAGAAAACUUCUUAUCUGUAGAUAUCUGAAGAAGUCCAAUCUUGGUAGGUUAAAAUCAUUACAUAACUUUUGAAAUGUUUUGACUUCUGGGCCUCCCAUAAUCUGAUGAACAAAGCAGAGGUUGAGGUUCCUCCAUGUUUUAUAUCCAACAUCCAGUUCAACAUCCAACAACAUUUUUUAGAUAACCAAUACUUGAUAAUGUUGAUAUCUCCCUAGGAAGACUGAAAGUUUGUUGGACCUCCCUCAACGCAAAAAGAGUUGUUUUUGACCAUCUACCCAGAAAUUCUUCCAUCGUUUUACUUUCAGAGAAUGGAAUGUUUGCCAAUGGUAUUCUCAAUAUUAAGCCACCUUGUAUCCACACUGUCUGAAAUCCAGACGGUCAGAGCUCUUAAUUGGCAGGCCAACCAAUAGUGCCUGAGCUGAGGAGGUUCCCGCCCUCCUUGUUGUUUGGACAGCUGUAAAACUUUAUAUCUGACUCGUGGGCGCCUUCCCUGCCAAACAAACCUUGAAAUAAGGCGAUCUACAAUUGUAAACAUAUUUUUUGGUGGUAUAAGAGGCAGGCUUGAAAAUAGAAAUAACAUCUGAGGUAAAACAUUCAU